AUGGCUACUUCCUUUACCGAAAUCAAUCAGUCUGUAUAUGUUGUCGAACCCAGUGCUCUACGCUCAUUUCUGCUGCAGACUGUUCGGCCAGUGACACUGGAAUCUAUAAGUGCAGCAUUAGAAUGCAAGGAAGAUGCCCAAAAACUACAACAUCAAAUAAGUCAAAAUUCAAAUGAGUCGGUCGUCAACUUUGAACAAUCGAGGAAAGGCGAUAAGCCGUCCUCUAUUUGGAUGGUUCUCGUGUCGGCUAGCCUAUUAGGCUUUGCUGAGGCAAAAUAUCCGCUUCCUGUUUUUCUCAAGCAAUGGCUACCGCAAACAACGACGGAUGCCAAUCCCACAUCUGAUACGAAAAACGCAAGUGUCUUGCUCGAACAUAGAGCAGACAAUGGACAAACAAAAACGGUACAGGUCGAUGCUAAAACUUUGUGUGAGAUGACAAAACAGACCUCUACCAUUGAAAGCAUACAGCAAUUAUUUGAGCAACACGGCAAAGAUAUUUGCUACGAUGCGAGUUAUUUAGCAGCUUACUCCUAUGCAAAGCAGGCCAGAAACGACAAUUCUGCUACGAAUACUCAGCAAUCUAAUGAUGCCACUGACCCACCAUUGGCAAAAAACGAGUCCGAGGACUUCGACCCCACUGACGAGUCGGUGACUUACGGGUACAAAGAUUUGUCUCAAUUGAUACCCGUGUCUUCUACACUUCCUUCAGCAACUGAAAACAGUAAUAAUGACUCGGCAAUCGAGCAUCCCCAAUCGCAAUCUCCCGUUGAGCGAAAGAAUGGCAAUGAUGUUCAACAGGAAGCACACACCUCCAAUAUGACGACGACAAAUGAUCCCGCACCUACGGUGGAAACCGCUAAUGAGUCUGGUGAGCAAGGUGAAGAUAUGGAUGGAACGGUGUCGGACUCUGCAUCUGUCAUUUCCAGCACAGGGUCCGACAUAGUUGGGGCCUUGCAAACAUACACGGAAUUAGCACGAAAAAGCAUGUUGGAGGAUAUUUCUGGCGCAAAAACGCGCACAGAAAAUACAAGUGUUUUUCCAUCAGCCGAUCUAGAAGAUAAAGCCUCUAUUCUUAAUGUUCGUGAAAAUAUCUCCAAGGCUAAAGUUUUACUAAAGCAAUGGCACGAAGAAUGGGCAUAUCUCCAACGAACAUUUGCACCGUCUAAAGCGUCGUCCUCCACCUCCUCCUCCCCAAAACCAGCUGUCCCCAUUACGAGAAAACGUCGGCGGAGACGGUAA